AGACUAGGUCAGCCAUGUGGAUGCGUCUGUUGAACAGCUGAAGAGGAGGAGGAGGGGUUAUACAGAAAGAGAGAUAGAGAACGUGGUGUGUGUGCAUAUGAAAGAAAGCGCGAGGGGGAAGAGGGAGAGAGCGCGCGCGCGUGCGUAUGUGUGUGUGAAAAGGAAGCGGAGUCUGUAAACGGCAAACUCAGUGAUUUACCCUCCACAAACUACCGCACCGUAUCAAGCUUUACUUCUCCGAAAGCGUAAAAGCUUUCGGAGUUAUCGCGCGGCUGAAGGAGGGGGAACCGCGCGCGCUGAGAAAAGAGUCCCCGGGCGGUGUGAACGCGCAUAAAUUAGUAAAGCGAGGUCGUCUUUUGUUGAGGCAUUUUCCCGGUUUCUCAUGUGUAUGGACAUAGGCAUUCUCGGGAUAAAGUAUCAGCCCUCGGGUUCUUGGAUUUUGGCCCAGGCCAAGAAGUUCGCGGGGUCGUCUUGGAGGAAUCAGACGCGGAAUCGUGUUUGAAGUUGUUUGCAGCGGUCCGAUCGGAACUUAGAUCAUCAUACUGGCGGCUCUCCCGAAACACUGGGGUUGUUGGUGUGGCCAAAUUUUCCCUGGAUUUGAUUGGUAAAUUCAGAAGACUGAAGCCCAGGCUCACAGUCUACCUUUCACGGAGGCCCAGCCGUGAGAGGACAGAAGAAGGCACGUGGCGAAUCAUGACUGCCGAUAAAGAGAAGGACAAGGAGAGGGAGCGCGACCGCGAUCGGGACAGAGACCGCGAUAAGCGGGACAAAAUGAGAGAGAGCGAGAGCUCACGGCCCCGGCGCAGCUGCACGCUGGAGGGCGGGGCUAAGAACUAUGCAGAGAGCGAACACAGCGAGGACGACGACAACGAGACGCCUGGGGGCGCUAACGCUGAAGAGGCCAGUAAGAAAGGCAAGAAGAAGUUGCCUAAAAAGAAGUCGCGUUAUGAGCGAAUGGAGAACGGGGAGAUCACUUCCUUCAUUACGGAGGAUGACAUUGUUUACAGACCUGGCGAUUGUGUGUACAUAGAGAGCCGACGGCCGAACACGCCCUACUUCAUCUGUAGCAUUCAGGAUUUUAAGCUGAGUAAACGGGACCAUCUGUUAAUGAAUGUGAAAUGGUACUACCGUCAGUCUGAGGUACCUGACUCUGUCUACCAGCACCUGGUGCAGGACCGCAACAAUGAAAACGACUCUGGUCGAGAGCUGGUUAUUACUGAUCCCGUGGUUAAGAGCAGAGAGCUCUUUAUCUCAGACUACGUGGACACCUAUCAUGCUGCUGCCCUCAGGGGGAAAUGUAACAUUUCACACUUCUCUGACAUAUUCGCUGCCAGGGAGUUCAAAGCACGAAUCGACUCUUUCUUCUACAUCUUAGGAUAUAACCCAGAAACCAGGCGAUUAAACAGUACGCAAGGGGAGAUUCGAGUUGGCCCCAGUCACCAGGCCAAGCUGCCAGAGCUCCAACCCUUUCCCUCUCCUGGAGGUCAAACAUUGACAGAGAAUGAGGAGCUGGUUUGGAUGCCAGGGGUCAAUGACUGCGACCUGCUCAUGUACCUGCGGGCAGCCAGGAGCAUGGCUGCGUUUGCGGGGAUGUGUGAUGGGGGGUCAACGGAGGACGGUUGCCUCGCCGCCUCGCGGGACGACACUACACUUAACGCAUUAAACACUCUUCACGAGAGCAGCUAUGAUGCCGGAAAAGCCCUGCAACGGCUGGUGAAGAAACCAGUGCCAAAGCUCAUCGAAAAGUGCUGGUCAGAAGAUGAAGUGAAACGGUUCAUAAAGGGUUUAAGGCAGUACGGAAAGAACUUUUUCAGGAUUCGGAAAGAAUUGCUCCCUAAUAAAGAGACGGGGGAGUUGAUCACCUUUUACUAUUAUUGGAAGAAAACCCCAGAGGCUGCGAGCUGCAGAGCCCACCGCAGGCACCGCAGACAGCCUGUCUUCCGUCGGAUCAAGACCCGAACCGCCUCCACCCCCGUCAACACUCCCUCCCGCCCGCCUUCCAGCGAGUUCUUGGACUUGAGUUCGGCCAGUGAAGAUGACUUUGACAGUGAGGACAGCGAACAGGAACUGAAGGGCUACGCUUGCCGGCACUGUUUCACUACCACCUCCAAGGACUGGCACCACGGGGGUCGCGAGAACAUCCUGCUGUGCACGGACUGCCGAAUUCAUUUUAAGAAGUACGGAGAACUGCCCCCCAUCGAGAAGCCUGUAGACCCGCCGCCAUUUAUGUUUAAACCCGUCAAAGAGGAAGACGAUGGACUCAGUGGGAAGCAUAGCAUGAGGACUCGACGGAACCGCGGCUCAAUGUCAACGCUACGAAGUGGCCGCAAGAAGCAAACCUCCAGCCCGGAUGGCAGAGCCUCACCGACCAAUGAGGACCUGCGCUCCAGCGGGCGUACCUCACCUAGUGCAGCCAGCACAUCCAGCACAGACAGCAAGACUGACUCCAUGAAGAAACCCAGCAAGAAGAUAAAGGAAGAGGCGCCGUCGCCUAUGAAGAGUGCCAAACGUCAGAGAGAGAAAGGAGCAUCUGACACUGAGGAGUCGGAGAGGGCGAGCGCAAAGAAAUCUAAAACGCAGGAGCUGAGUCGGCCAAAUUCACCCUCCGAGUGUGAAGGAGAAGGUGAGGGGGAGAGCUCUGAUGGUCGCAGCGUGAAUGACGAUGGCAGCAGUGAUCCUAAGGAUAUUGACCAGGACAACCGUAGCUCCUCCCCUAGCAUUCCCAGCCCGCGUGAUAACGAAAGCGACUCGGACUCCUCUGCACAGCAGCAGAUCCUCCAGGGCCAACAUCCUCCGGUCAUCCAGUGUCAAACAGGAGCUCUACCCCCUGCCCCACCUUCAUCAGCUGCAGCAUCCACACCCCCCACCUCAGGUGCCCCUUCACAGCCAUCCCCCUCAAUCCCCCCCACCUCCUCCAUGCCACCUCAGCAGAUACCUCCAGCAGGUCCACUCGCCCUCAUCCAGUCAGGGGUGCAGCGACUACCCUCGCCCCAUUCCCCUCUGCAGGGCAUGCCUCAGCCCCCACCCCCCUCUCAGUCUGGCCCUCAGUCCCUGCAACCUCCACUACACGGCCCCAUGCUGCCCAUGGGGCACCCUCUGCAGGCAGGGCCAUUGCACAUGCCUCACCCUCACGCUUUACCCCCUCAGCCAUUCCCAAUGGGUCAGUCUCAGGUGCCCCCUUCACCCCUUUCUGGUCAGACGCAGGCCUCCCCCUUGACGCAACAACGACCUCACACACCCCCAUCCCAAUCUCAGACCUCCUCACAGAGUGGCAACCAGCCUCCCAGAGAGCAGCCAUUACCACCCGCGCCAUUGCCAAUGCCCCACAUCAAACCACCGCCAACCACCCCUAUCCCACAGAUGCCAAACCCUCAAUCACACAAGCAUUCAAACCACCCUCCGUUCCCACAAAUGCCUUCCAACCUACCCCCACCGCCAGCCUUAAAGCCCCUCAGCUCUCUAUCCACGCACCACCCUCCGUCUGCCCAUCCGCCUCCGCUUCAACUCAUGUCACAAAACCAGCAACUCCAGCCACCGCCAGUGCAACCUCCAGUGCUCACCCAAUCCCAAAACCUGCCGGCUACGGCAAGUCAGGUGCCCCCUCCGGCUCCUCCUCUUCCUUCCUCCUCGUCUCACUCGACGCCUUCUCAACCCCCUUUCCCUCCCCACCCCUUCAUGCCAGGCAGCUCGCCCGUAUUAUCGCCCUCCACCGUUUCCUCUUCUGUGGCGAACUCUAUGUCUACGCUGCAACAGCCACCACCAUCCUCGAUAUCCAUGCCUCUGCCUGCGUCGGUCAGCACGCCCUGCCCGGGACCCUCCACUGUUCCACCUGUACAAAUUAAAGAGGAGCCUCUAGAUGAGACGGAGGAACCGGAAAGUCCUCCACCUCCUCAGAGGAGUCCUUCACCUGCACCCACCAUCGUCAACACUCCCAGUCACGCCAGCCAGUCAGCACGAUUCAACAAGCAUCUGGACAGAGGAUACAACACAUGUGCCAGAACAGACUUCUACUUCACACCUCUUGCCUCAUCGAAACUGGCAAAGAAAAGAGAGGAGGCAUUGGAGAAAGCCAAGAGGGAGGUUGAGCAAAAAGCACGCGAGGAAAAAGAGAAAGAACGGGAGAAGGAAAGAGAGAGGGAGCGGGAACGAGAAAAGGAAGCAGAGAGAUCUGCUAAAGCAUCCAGUUCUUCCCAUGAGGGUCGCAUGGGAGAUCCUCAGAUGGCAGGAUCGGCUCACAUGCGGACAUCCUUCGAUCCACCUCCCACCACCAUCGCCACUGUGCCCCCGUACAUCGGCCCUGACACACCCGCUCUGCACACGCUACGGGAAUACGCCCGGCCCCACGUUAUGUCCCCCACCAACCGCAACCAUCCCUUCUUCGUUUCGCUCAAUCCCACAGACCCCCUCCUUGCCUACCACAUGCCAGGCCUGUAUAACGAUCCCGGCAUGCGCGAGCGAGAGAUGCGUGAGAGGGAGAUCCGCGAGAGGGAGCUGAGGAUGGAGAGGAUGAAGCCAGGCUUCGAGGUCAAACCUCCAGAAUUAGACGGCCUGCAUCCUUCCGCCAACCCAAUGGAGCACUUUGCCCGGCACGGGCCUAUUGGUAUCCCUCACAUGGCUGGCCCUCACCCGUUCGCCUCCUUCCACCCGGGCCUGAACCCUCUGGAGAGAGAGCGUCUGGCUUUGUCUGGGCCGCAGUUACGGCCAGAGAUGGCCUACCCUGAUAGGCUGGCCGAGAGGCUACACGUUGAAAGAAUGGCUUCUGUGGCUAAUGACCACAUACAGCGGCUGCAGAUGUACAACGUGACACCGCACCACCAUCAGCACUCGCACAUCCAUUCACACCUCCAUCUGCACCAACAGGACCCACUGCACCAAGGUGGUGGUGAAUGCCUUGUGUGUCCUCCAGGUUCUGGGCCACAUCCCUUAGACCAGCUGGCAGCUGGACCGCACCUCGCCCGGUUUCCGUACCCGCCUGGAGCCAUCCCCAACCCCCUGCUCGGACAGAAUCCACAUGAACACGAGAUGCUACGGCACCCUGUGUUCGGUGCUCCAUACCCCAGAGAGCUACCACCACCAAUGUCAGCGGCACACCAGCUGCAGGCCAUGCACGCGCAGUCUGCAGAGUUACAGAGAUUGGCCAUGGAGCAGCAGUGGCUACACGGUCAUCACCACAUGCACGGGGGACCUCUGCCAGGACAGGAGGACUAUUACAGUCGGUUGAAGAAAGAGAGCGACAAACAGCUGUGAUCAGCCGAGGACUCCCAGAGUUCAGCAGGACACAGGAGGUCAUAGAAGAACAGUCACACACAGGAACUCACAUGUCCUUGGAACAUUUUAAGUUUGACGAAGCGACAAGGAUUGUCCGAGGAACCUUUUUCUGUUGUCAGCUUUCUUCACUAUUACGGACCGUUUUUGUUAGGACAUUGACUGUUUUUGCGACGGGGGCGGGGGGUUAUAUAUCGUUCAAGUAGUAACAGCGUCCACAGGACCGAUCGUGACUUUCCUGCAUGAACAUACUCUGAGAAUCUUCCCUGAUGUUUCUGUAGGUGCUAGAAUACCAGAUACUUUGUCACUGUGCUAAACGGGCGAAAAAAGGAACAGAUCAGCUGGGCCAUUAUAUCUGAAAAGUGCUAUCUUAAAUUCAACGUUUAUUUUAAUACAUUGUAGGAAGUUUUCAUAAUGUUAAGAGAAGCUGCAGCAUGGCGUUUUUUCGAGUCUGUAAAUAGUAUAUAAAUAUAUAUAUACAUAUAAUUAUUACUAUUAUUAUUAUAAUUAUUAUUAGGUGUGGAUUCCUAACCAAGUUGGUAGACCUCCGAUAUAAUAAUUCCUGAAGUGUCAUCCCUUGUUUCAGAGGGGAAGGAGGUGGCACUAGUAGAGCAGGUAACCAUGUCAGAUGGUUCAGUCCAUUAAACCGGGGAUGUUGGGAGAAUGGUACCGGACACCUCUAAAAGGCCAAUGCUCAAAUGAAGCCUGUUUUUGUUUUGUUUGAUUUGGUUUUUGUAUAUUGACAGUCUGCAACUCAAACAUUCAUGACCGUGUUUUUCCUUUAAUGGCUGAACGCAGAAGACUCAAAACACUUGAAGCGGAGAAGGGGGAAGAGUUGUGUAGCCUUGACCAUUUGGAAAAAGAGUAUUGCACUGAAUAACCUCAAAGACGUUUUAUGUUUUUAAACUCUAAUUGGCUUUUUUAUAUGAGCAAGUGCAUUUUAAAAGUCUGUCAUUUUGAUUUUUGUGUACCAAAGCGAAAUGCAACGGUUGUAUAAGUGAAGUUCAUAAUCCAGCUACUCCCACGGUUGUAGUAUUACACAUUGCAAAACCGAUUGUACUGUUUUAAGUAACAACAUAUGACAUCUUGAUGCUCUUUUUUCUGUUUCAUGUUUAGCUUUACACAUUGAACUGUUGUUUAAGGGUGCUGGUAAAGAUAGCAAUUCCCCCACAUAUCCACUUUGUGUUCCUAAACUCCUCUUGCAAGCUGCUCACACAAUCAUUUUCCAGAUCUACUGUACAAAUUCAUCAAACCAUUCUCACUGUGAAGCCUGGGGGAAAAUGGUGACCGAGAAAUGUAGAGCUUGGAUUCGAGUCUGUACCUGAGUGUGCAUGUGUUCACAGUAGUGAAGACAAUUAUCUGAGCUUCUCUCUCUGCCUUCCUGAGACUGCAUUACCCGUGAUGCAUGAGGCCUCUUUAGUUUCUCUCCAUCAUGUUGAGGCUGGUAGAUAGCACUCAUUGACUGUUACAUGCAGUAUUUGUUGUUUUUUAAGAUUCAUCACAAUAACUAUUAUUUCAGUUUUACAAAAUCAUUUUAUUCCAGUAAGAUUGUUGCUGGAAUUUGGGCCUUUUUGAGCAUACAGUUCAAAGUAAAGCGAAAGCUCACAGUA